CAUUCUAUUGAAGCUGGGGCUUCAGUUUCCAUUCAGUUGUUGGCUGCUGGGUGGAAGGAGGCGACGUGUAAAGCAUGAGGGAGCAGCCUGUGCUCUGCGAGGAGCUCUCUGUGGACUUCCCCUUGGAGAUGAAGUGAAGCUGUGUGCUGCCUCCCUUGUGUAACUCUCUGCCAGCAUGGACGGGCUGCUUGUUGUCUUCCUCAUCUCCCUGGGCAUGUUCCUGGGCUGCUUUCUCUUGGGUCUGAUCCCUUUGGUUGUGAAACUUUCGGAGCAAAAGCUGCAGUUUGUGAGCGUCCUGGGAGCCGGAUUACUGUGUGGGACGGCGCUGGCUAUAAUUAUACCAGAAGGGAUUGAACUGCUGGACGGCUCCUCCAAAGGUUCUGCAGUGAAAUGUGUGAAUGUGAACCUGACGUCCGCUGCAGAGGAGGAGGUAGCCGAGGUCAGCUCUGUGCCCCCGCACUUCUUCAUUGGGGUCUUCCUGGUGACUGGAUUUGUCCUCAUGUUCAUUGUGGAUCAGAUCGGCAGCUACUGCUCCUAUCAUGAUCCCCGGACAGGAAUGUCCGCUGGUACCAGUAUAACGGCCACACUGGGACUGGUGAUCCACGCUGCAGCCGAUGGAGUUGCCCUCGGAGCAGCCGUUGCAUCCUCUCAGGUGUCGGUACAAGUUAUUGUCUUCUUUGCAGUAAUAUUACACAAGGCACCAGCAGCAUUUGGUCUGGUCUCGUUUCUCAUGCAUGCGGGAUUAGAGAAGAAACAAAUUCAGAAGCAUCUCCUGGCGUUCUCAGUAGCUGCUCCGCUCCUUACAAUAACAACUUACUUAAUUCUUAGUAUGACGGGGGGCUCCCUACAGCACAGACUAAGUGCAACAGGAAACGGGAUGUUGUUCUCUGCCGGGACUUUCCUUUACGUGGCGACUGUUCACGUGUUACCAGAGAUUAGCGGCAGGGGGCACCAUCAACACCAAGGAGAAUCAGAAUACAGACCUCAAGGCCUAGGACUUUUGGAGAGCCUGACGCUGGUGGUUGGAGCUUUCCUGCCGGUUCUGCUUUCCUUAGGACUUCACGAUGGCUGAAAAAAAUGUCUGGAGCGUCUGCUCCAUUCAUAGUGCCUGUAGUAGAUGCUGCCAUUUUUUUAAGAGAUGCACAACAAUGACCGGUGAAUGAAGCAUUCAAUCCAUUGGGAUAAACUUUUUGUAUGUUUUAAGAUGCACAUGUUGAGAGUUGUAGUGUAGUAACAACAUAAGUGCUGCAGUAUUUCUGAGGACGGGGACAUAAAAUGAUGAGUGAGGGACUGUUUUCUUAUUAUUUUUUAAUUGAAUGUUUUUAGGCUCAUUUAAUUGAACCCUUGUUGAUACCACAUGCAGUAACAAAGAAAAGGACCCUGUGGGCGGAAAGCCCCUUGGGAAGUGAUGUCACUCUAGAUAUAAAAAUCCAUCUUCACUGUAUGCUCCUCAUAGUAGUAAUAGUAAUGGGUGGUAUACUUCCAACAUCUCAAGAAGGUUAUGGGGUGUCAGGGCGUGGACUCAUGGACUCUUAUUAGACCAUGUUGCCCUAUUAUUUUAGGGUUUGAGGCCCUGGGUUAACUUUCAUUGUGGCAUAUUGAUGAACAGGCCACAGCAGUGGUCACUGAGACCUGAAAGGUAAGGCUGAAUUGAAAUAUGUGGUUUUUACCCUCAGAGUAAAUGCGAAUAUGUAAGAUGAAAAAAAGGAACCUGGAGGUUGCCUUUGAAGUAGUUAAGAACACCUAUUUCAAAAUGCCCAUUAGAGACGUCAGAAUUAAUAGUGGAAGGUCCUCCAUCAGUGCUGAAGAGCAGCUGUCACUCUGGAGGACCAACACAGCUGUGCAUUACACGAGCCAGUGUAAUUCUUCACUUCUCCUAUGGUGGCGCUGCAGGUGAAUCGAGCAGUUGCUGCCAGGUUCCCAUGCCAAUGGCUGGUGAUCAAUGGGGGUUCCAGUAGUAGGACUUCUUGUGAUCCAAACCCAGGCCUUUAAGGCAAAUCAGCAACCUUUGGCGCUCCAGCUGUUCUAGGACUACAACUACUCACAGAGUCCUUCUUUCACUUCUAUGGGAGUUACAAGUACAGCCAAGCAAAUGUGCAUGCUGGGAGUUGUAGUCUCACAGCAGCAGGAGGUUGCUGAUCCCUGCUCUAAGGCCUUCUUUUCUUGCCUGUGAAGCUUCCAAGGCCAAGUUUACUCUGCCAAUGGGAAGGAAUGUUAGAAUUCCAGGUGGAGUUCUCUAUCCCUUUAAUUACUGAAUGAGUGUCAGGCAAAAUGCAACUAGUUUUACACAGUAGAUUCUUGGUCUCUAAUAUUUUGUGCUCUACUUGGCCUUUGUAUCUUUGCUGAAUCUCUAAAUAUUGGGACAUCGAUGCAAUUCUAAAUUUUUU